AUGCAUCGAUCCGUCCCUCGUCCGGCCCACCGGGUGUCCCGUGUCGUCCUGCCCGGGUGCGGGCGUCCCCCGGUGCUCCCCCGCGGGCCGGGGCCGGUUGCGCUGGGCGGGUUCGGCAGAGCCGCGGACGGGGGCGGGGGGCCAGAGUCGCCUAAGCCCACUCGCCAGCGCCGGGGCCCGGAGCCGCGCUGCCAGCCCCGCUGCUCCUCCUCGCACACCAAGCCAGCUGGGGGGCCGUCGCAGACCCGUCCAGCCCGGCCCAGCCCGGUCCAGCCCAGCACAUCCCGGACCAGCCCGAUCCAGCUCAGCGCACCCUGGUGCAGCCCGGUCCAGCCCAGCACAUCCCGGACCAGGCGAUCCAGCUCAGCGCAACCCGGUCCAGCCCAGCACAUCCCGGUCCAGCCCGAUCCAGCUCAGCGCACCCUGGUCCAGCCCGGUCCAGCCUGGUCCAGCCCAGCACAUCCCGGACCAGCCCGAUCCAGCUCAGCGCACCCUAGUCCAGCCCGGUCCAGCCCGGUCCAGCCCAGCACAUCCCGGUCCAGCCCGAUCCAGCUCAGCCCACCCCGGUCCAGCUCAGACCAGCCUGGUCCAACCCGGUCCACCCUGGUCCAGCUCAGUCCACCCUGGUCCUGCCCGGUCCAGCCCAGUCCAGCCUGGUCCAGCUCAGCACACCCUGGUCCAGCCCGGUCCCGCCCAGCACCACCUGGUCCUCCAGCCCGAUCCAGCUCGAUCCAACCCGGACCAGCCCAGCACAUCCUGGUCCAACUCGGUCCAGCCCGGUCCAGCUCGGUCCAGCCCGGUCCAGCCCAGCACACCCUGGUCCUCCAGCCCCAUCCAGCUCGAUCCAACCCGGACCAGCCCAGGACACCCUGGUCCAACUCGGUCCAGUCCGGUCCAGCCCGGUCCAGCUCGGUCCAGCCCGGUCCAGCCCAGAGCAGCCACCAAGUCAACUGGAGUGGGGAAACUUUUAAAUGGUUUUGUCCUGUUGUCUGUGGGCCCAGCUGAAACUAAAACCCAGAAGUCCCAUCU